GAUUUAAACCGAAGGCCAGCACUUCCUGUUUUCUUAACUGUAAUCAACAGGAGUGUACGAGGAAAGACGCACAAAGACAAACAUUUGGUUUAUUGAAGGACAUUUAACCGAGACCAAGGCGACCCCUGCACAAGAGUAAACUGGGACAGUAAUUAGGAAGUUACUUGUUUAAGUUUAUUUUAUAUGUUCAGACCAAUCUAGCAUAUUAGUUGAUUAAUGCUAAAGCUAACAUUAGCUCGAGCCAGCUGAUUGCCAUCGUUAGAUUCGGUACGGGAGUAAACAUGCCGUCCCGGGUCGAGGACUACGAGGUGCUGUACACUAUAGGCUCGGGUUCAUAUGGAAAAUGCCAGAAAAUAAGACGGAAAUCUGACGGGAAAAUCCUGGUGUGGAAGGAGCUGGACUAUGGCACCAUGGCGGAGAGUGAAAAGCAGAUGCUGGUGUCUGAGGUGAACCUCUUGAGGGAGCUGAAGCACCCAAACAUAGUGAGGUACUAUGACCGGAUUAUAGACCGGACUAACGCCACACUUUACAUCGUCAUGGAAUACUGUGAGGGUGGGGACCUAUCCAGUCUUAUCAAUCGAUGCAUAAAGGAAAGGCGCUACUUGGAGGAGCAGUUUAUCCUGCGAGUCAUGGCGCAGCUCAUGUUAGCCCUGAAGGAGUGCCACAGACGCAGUGACAGCAGGGCCACAGUCCUUCACCGAGACCUAAAACCAGCCAACAUCUUCCUCGACAUCAAACAGAAUGUGAAGCUGGGUGACUUUGGUCUUGCGAGAAUCCUGAACCAUGAUACCAGUUUUGCAAAAACCUUUGUUGGGACACCUUACUACAUGUCUCCUGAGCAAGUAAACCGGAUGUCGUACAAUGAGAAGUCGGAUAUUUGGUCUCUGGGAUGUCUGCUGUAUGAACUCUGUGCGUUAUCCCCACCAUUUACUGCUUACAACCAAAGAGAGCUGGCCGAGAGGAUCAGAGAAGGGAAGUACAGAAGAAUCCCAUACCGAUACUCUGAGGAACUGAACACCUUACUCAGCAAAAUGCUUAACUUGAAGGACUAUCUGAGGCCCUCUGUGGAGUCCAUCCUUCAGAGUAGCCUGUUGGCUGAUGCAGUCUCCGAGGAGCUCAGGAAAGUACAGGCCCAAGUCAGAAGGAGGUCAGCGGACUCUGACUGUCCCCCUGUAAAGCCGACUGAACCGAUACCCUCCACCGCUGCAGAGCUCCGUCUCAGAGAACAGGCUUUGCGGGACCGAGAGAAGGCGCUGAAAGAACGAGAGGAGAGGCUGGAGAAAAGAGAGCAGGAACUUUGUGUUCGUGAGCGACUGUCAAAGGAGAAACUUGCAAGGGCAGAGAGUUUACUGAAGAAUCACAACCGUCUUCAGCAGCAGAGGGACCUGUCACCGUUCUUUUGCAAAAACAUAGAUAUGGAGGAGCUCUCCCCCAGGAAGAAGGUCCACUUUGCAGGCGAGAGCAAAGAGAACCAGCGGCCCGAUGGUGGUCAGCGUGUGACUUCACAGGAACCGAUUCUUAGAAGGCUACAGGUGGCAAAUAUGCGCGCUCAAGCACUCACUGAAGUGGAGAGGACAUGUCAAUUUAAGAGCAGGCAGAUACUUGGAAUCCGCUGAUCAUGCAGAUUCCACCGUCCAACACGUGACUGAAUACGGAAGAGUCCUCAUAACUGGAUGUAAAGAAACUUUAUUUAUGUGAUAUUUAGUAGUAGCUGUGACACAAGGGAAGGAAAGUGUAAUUAUUAAAAUCUUAAUUGUGAAUUUUAUUUAGUUUGAGAUGUUGCUGUGUGUGUGUUUCACUUUAAUAAACAAACUGCUUUGAAGCAAGCAAAAAGCAUAGAUAAUAAAAAAGAUUUGAAGACUUGGAAUUUGUAAGACUACACUAUGUUUGGACCUAUGGAUAACACAAUGCAGCAGAAUGAAUGGUUGUAAAAUACUCUUAUUGUGUGUUUCUUAUUUAAAACCUAUGAUUUGAAAUAAAGAUAAGACCAUAAUUGAA